AUGAAAAGAGGACUGGGGUCGCAAACACCCAAGCUUCCUCAAGGUUUCUACGAAAUUGAAGAUGUGAGAAAGAAAAGGGUUCGCAAGGGGCAUACUGAAUAUCUGAUAAAAUGGCGUGAUUGGCCGGAGAGAUCAAAUACAUGGGAACCUUCUGAGAAUGUACAAGAAUAUGUUGAUGAAUUUGAAGAAAGCUUACUUUUGAGAAAGCGAAAGAGGAAGCGGAAGGGUAGAUCUGCAAGUAAAUCAUUUCAUAGAGAGGGAAAUAAAGGGAAUGAGACGAAUGAAUUAGGUCAUGUGGCACCUAAUGAUGAGGAUGUGGGUACAAUUGCCACCCAGCAAACUCAUGAGAAAGAGAGUGUUUCUUCCAAAGUCACUGAGCUCAGAGAGAGAACCUCCAUUGUCAACUUAAAUUCUGAGAAUGGGAAGAAGAAAGUUUCUGAUACAAUGCUAUCUGAUAACAUGGUAGAAAGUCAUAUUCUACAAGUAGAUUUUGAUGAAAGUACUACUCACAGUAAUCGUUUGACAGGAGCUGAAAGGAGGAAAUCUGGAAUUGUCAGGAGGUUUCAGAAUGAAUUAGGCCAGAAUGAUGAGGAUGCGGGUACAAUUGCUACCGAGAAAACUCAUGAGAACGAAAAAAGUCAUAUUCCAGAAGUAGAUUUUGAUGAAAGUACUACUCACAGUAAUCGUUUGACAGGAGCUGAAAGGAGGAAAUCUGGAAAUGUCAGGAGAUUUCAGAAUGAAUUAGGUCAUGAGGAUCCGAAUGAUGAGGAUGCGGGUACAAUUGCUACCAAGCAAACUCAUGAGAACGAAAGUUUUUCUUCCAAAGUCACUGAGCUCAGAGAGAGAACCUCCAUAGACAACUUAAAUUCUGAGAAUGGGAAGAAGAAGGUUUCUGAUAAUAUGGUAGAAAGUCAUCUUCCAGAAGUAGAUUUUGAGGAAAGUACUACUCAAAGUAAUCGUUUGACAGGAGCUAAAAGGAGGAAAUCUAGAAAUGUCAGGAGGUUUCAGAAGGAAUCAACUGUGUUAGAAGAUGCUCAAAAUGGAGAUAAGCCUGAACCUGAUCAGCAUAAGGCGGGAAGGUUGUCUAAUUACACACAUUCUAUUACCAAGAUCAAACCUACUGGUUAUUCAGUCUCAAUAAAAGAAGGUGUACAAGAUGAUGUGCAUGUCAGUAAGGUGUUUUACAAUCAAGAACGAAUUCGAAGAGUGCCCUCAGAAGUUCUAGCUGGAAUGGGAAGGUGA